AUGGAGCUGAAGUUUUGUACAAACGCACUUAAACACCCUCCUCUUUCCCCCACAACAGGAGAUACCGGACAGUUUGAUACCUACUUCACAAACCAGAAACCGAUUGAUAGUCCGGCCUUACCAAUGAGCACCAAAGAAGAGCUCUUCCGAGGCUUCUCAUUCGUCAGUCCAGCCGCACACCGACAAUUGACUAUGAUCCACAGUCAGCACGAGGCUCUGAAGCAGGCGUCCAAUAGACUGGGCAUGAGA